CGGAAGUGACGCGAGUCGCUUCGUUACGUUUACAUUCUGUUCUCGACGUCGCGUUCAUUGUAGGGAACCAUUACGUUCGUCUACGAUUUGUAUCGUGCCAUAUUCCCGCUCGCGUCCCAAUACUAACAACAUUUUCGUAGUUUUAAGUGAAAUAUUAUGAGAGUGAAGACCGAAAUGGACGACGACGAGAAGGGAAAGUUGUUUGUUGGUGGUUUGUCUUGGGAGACAACACAAGAGAAUCUUCAACGUUAUUUCGGCCGUUAUGGCGAAGUAAUUGACUGCGUUGUUAUGAAAAACAGUGAAUCUGGUCGCAGUCGUGGUUUCGGCUUUGUAACAUUUAGUGAUCCGGCUAAUGUACCAUUAGUUCUUCAAAAUGGUCCGCAUCAACUUGAUGGACGCACAAUUGAUCCUAAACCAUGCAACCCACGAACUCAACAAAAACCAAAACGCAGUGGGGGCUUUCCAAAAGUUUUUCUUGGUGGUUUACCAAGUAACGUGACAGAGACUGAUCUCAGAUCAUUCUUUACACGUUUUGGUAAAGUUAUGGAGGUGGUUAUAAUGUAUGAUCAAGAAAAGAAGAAAUCGAGGGGUUGAAAUCAAACGUGCUGAACCACGAGAUUCUUCUAGUAAAAUGAAUGAUAGUCAUCAAGGACAAUGGGGACCACCUCAACAAGGUGGACCUCCAAUGGGAAUGGCUGGAAAUAUGGGACCUAUGGGUGGUCCAAAUGGACAAAUGGGAGGACCUAUGAUGGGAGGUCCAAUGGGUCCACCAGGAAACAUGAUGCAGCAAUAUCAAGGAUGGGGUACUAGUCCUCAGACUGGGGGUUAUGCUGCUGGUUAUACAACUCAAUAUAACUCUCAGGGCUGGGGUGCUCCGCCUGGUCCUCCUCAACAGCAACAAAUUCCACCGCCGCCACAUCAUCAGUGGGGCAGCAGUUAUAAUGUACAGCCUGCAGCAGCUACUCAAGGCUAUGGUAGUUAUGGUGGGCCGGCGGCGGCCGCUUCAGGGGGCUACGGGCCCACAGCGGGUACUGGCGGGGCUGCGGGGGGCGGGCCCGGGGGUUCCUGGAACUCCUGGAAUAUGCCACAAAAUGGUCCUCCUCCUGGAACUCAGCCACCACCUCAACCUCCUCAGCCUAACUCCUCGCAGCCCAACUCGAAUUCGAACCCCUCUGGCCCGCAGGGUGACAUGUAUUCACGACAGACCACCGGUUCAGGUGCACCUGGGUCCAGUAGCAGUUCAGCUAAAACUCCGGAUUAUACUGGCUAUUCCGCAUAUGGUAAUUACGCUGACACCAGUUAUCCUCAGCGUUCGUAUCAGGGAGGAGAAAGCAACCAAGGUGGGUAUGCCGCCAGCGCCCCUAAACCCCAGCAAGGCUUUGAUUUCAAAGAGUGGCCCACCUCAUGA